AUGCCAUGGCCGUUUAGCUCUUCCAGCUCGGGGGGAUCGCCCACAUCUAGCAAGACGGAGGAUGCCGCGCGCUCCAAGUCCACAUCAUGGAAUGAUCUCCUCCCAAAGCCUGAUCCUCCGCUACAGGCUGCGAAGGAGUGGGCUCCUGUUUUCCUGACGUCGGUCGCAUCCUUAGCAGCCUUCAUCUUCUACCAGUCCCGCUUGCGGAGGUUUCCCACCGCAGGCCACAUCCAGCCCGACCUGUUCAGGAAACGAACUCUGCUAGGCCGAGUCACCAGUGUGGGAGACGGUGACAACUUCCACAUGUUCCAUACACCGGGGGGAAGACUGGCAGGCUGGGAUUGGCUGAGGAAGGUUCCCACAACCAAGGCGGCACUCAAAGGGAAGACUGUGAGUUCCACAAACCCGACUUUGGAACCCGACACUGAUGAUCAACAAAGAUACCUGUGCGGAUGGCUGGGAUCGACGCCCCUGAGGGCGCACAUUUUGGUCGACCGGGUCAGCCAGGAGCCGCGGAAGCUUUACAAUGGCUUAGGAGUUAUAUCCUCGACAAACGCGUUUGGGCCCGCAUUCACAGACGUGAUCAGUAUGAACGCGUCGUUGCGACAGUACGUCGGCUUAGAAAUGUUGAAGCUUGGCUUGGCAACGACAUACGAAGCAAAAUCGGGGGCUGAGUGGGGAGGGGCUGAAGAGCUGUACAAAGCAGCAGAAGCCAAAGCCAAAGCCAAGAAAUUGGGUAUAUGGAAUGGUAAACCGAGCGACUUUGAAAGUCCCAGGGCUUACAAGACGAGAACGAACGAGACAGAAGGCAAGAAGUCUAACUGGCUCUCUGGCUGGCCGUAA